CCUGUGCUUCCUCCCUCAAUUUCAAGACGGAGCGCCGACCCAGAUAAACUUUCCUUCUCGAAAUGAGCUCAGGUCCUUUAGACUCAAAUUCUUCCAAAUCAAAUUGAUAACUCAAACUUCUGCAAUGAGUACCGCAGAGACUCGAAACUAUACCUCAGCUGAAGAAGACCCUAAACUGAUCUAGGCACUCGUCCCAAAACCAUGUUCAGAUCCGGCGGGCUACGGUCAAUCUGAUGCUGGCCGUUAUCAAGAUGGUUUGCGGCCUGGGUAUGAUGGCUUGGAGCGUCGUACCUGAGUCAAGCUGAGCAUUGAGGCUUAGUGAAGCUUUUUGGUUAAAAAGCAAAGUGCUCCAUGGCCGACGAUGCUUCGGAACUCGAGGCCGGGUCGGAAGGCAGCGACAUACUAACCAAAAGUUCGGCCGAGUUUGCCACAAAGUUUAAGAAGGCUUUUGAUGCUUCCAAAGACACACUUCAAAAUUCCGUGGUUUGUCGGCUGGCGAAAAACAAAGAGCCGCAGGGAAUGUGCAUACUGGGGCCGCAUUACUACGUGGGCAUGCCGCUGGCUGUGAAAGAGGUACUAGAGGGUUCGUUAGUUGACACAUCAUGUCUUGCUUAUGGGGCUAGUUGGUCCACCUGGAGUUCUGAGUUCAAACUUCCGCGGGUUUGGCCGAAACUAACCCCUGAGUGGAGCAAAUGGGUGCCAAGGAUGGAGCAUUUCUUUGCUCAAAAAUGGAAGGACUAUGGAAUAUAUGAUAGUAUAAAGAUGACUGAGCAAGAGAUUCAUAUGGAUCGGCCCCUUCUUGCAGCGAGCUUAUGCUUUUGGUCGUCCGCCACCAACACCAUCAACUUGCCUCUUGGUCCCAUGACCCCUACUUUGUUAGACAUGGCCGCAAUAUUUGGGCUUCGGCCGAAUGGCGAGGCGGUUUGUGCUACAGCCAAAUUCCCUAGUUCCUUCCAUGCUAGUCUGAAACCUAAAGCGAUAAAGAAUGACAAGAAGGCUAAAGAUGACGCAGAAGCUAAGGCAAAGCAAUUACUCAACUAUAGCACCUUUUAUGCCACACAUGCAGUUGAUGAAGCAGUUUCGGAAACUGGGAGGCAACCGCCAAAACAGCACGAACACGCCGCCUUCCUUCUCUAUUGGCUUUGUAAGUUUGUAUUUUGCUCCAAGUCAAAUAAGUGCACUUUUGAAUUUGCUGGUAUUGCAGAAGCUCUUAGCAUGGGUAGGCCUCUAGCCCUUGGGUCAUUUGUUCUUGCUCGCCUCUACCGUGCUUUACGCAAUGCAGUGAUCGAUAAUAUGAAUUUGGAUAUUGGAGGGCCAUUAUGGAUGUUUCAAGUGUGGAUACAGACCUAUUUUCAUGAGCUCCGGCCGACAUGUCCUCCACUUGUCCCCACAAUGACACUUGGCCGUCAGAUUAUUGCCCUCGGCGCUCGUACACAUUCAGCCGCGCAGUGUUUUGCUUUCUUUUAUUCAAAAAAGACUAUGUCCAAAGAUGAGUUUGCCAUAUGUUACAGCCGAGAUCACCCUUCUUGCCUUGAGAUCAACAUAUCAAAACCAUGGGAUAAAAAAUUUGAAUUGGAUGUGAUUCUAACUUGGGGGAGUUUUCUGAUCUCUCGAGACCUGAACUAUGGCCUCAAAGGCACCGUGGGUCGGUAUGGUGUGGAGGUCUAUCUUCCCAAUCUUGUUGCACGUCAAUUUGGCUUCGUACAGAGUUGUCCGGCCUUGUUCUUGAUGUCGAAAAAUCAUUUCUCAUCAUGGAGGGAUGGAUUCACACGAACUUCACAGUGUUCGGCUAUUGGUAAUUACUAUGUAGAGCAAUUUGGCAAGUUUGAGAGAUCCGGUUUCAAACCUCGUUGUCCUGACUAUAGAGCCACUCCGAAAUUCCAAGCAUGGUGGUCUACAUUUAUUGUGAAAAAACUUGGAGAAGACUUGGCCAACACCCAGCGUGUUGCACUACGAGGGCUUCCGGAUUUGCUUGGCCCCAAGGAAAGUAACGGUAAGAAGAAAGUAUCGGAUAGCAAGUCAAAAACGACCAAAGGAUCUGGUAGACAAGGACAAACACUGAGGAAACGUGGUCCAACAAUAGGACACACUCGAGAUGCCAAGAAAGCGAAGAAAUCCUCCGAUAUGGUACAAAGUUCGGUCUCGGACCCGACCGACAAUAUGGUUAGUGAGGACAUAUGUUUUGAAGCUAAUAUGGAUGAUGGUCACAAUACUUUAGCCGAAAACGAAACUAUGUCUGAAGCUGAAGAUAUGGCCGAAACUGGUGAUACCUCAACCAAUAGCGUGGAUUCGGCCGCCAGCGAAGGUUCCUCAGAAAAUCAAUUUGCAAGCAACGGUCAGGAGAGAGAUGGCCGCAUUGAUCACUCUUUGCCUCUUCCAGAGAGCUCCAUGGUUGAGAUUGACAUGGACGACUUGGGUGAGAAUCAGUUUCCUAACACAUCAAUCAUUGGCCAACACAUUGCAAUCUUAGACAACCCUUCCACGGAUGUUGAGGAAAUUAAUGUACUUGGCCGAGAAGAGCUAUGUAACCCUCCAACACUUGUUUGGGUAGGAGAAUCUCUAAGCAGUUCUACCCUGGAGUUGGCUCUUCUCAACCCAACUGAAACAAAUCCUCCAAUGCUCGGAACGCUCACCUCUCCUCCAACAGAAGGAAUGUCCCACAGUGAGCAAGCUGUCGUUUGCGCUCAAUCUUCAGCCAAGCUUGUGGACCGUACGGUGAGCGAUCUUGGUUUAGAGCUACUUCAUUUUCUAGAUACUCUAGAUAACGCCGCGAGCCCCGUAGAGGAAAAACUUGAGACAACAGAAACUAAAAAGGCGCUUGAGACGGUCAGGCAGUUUCUGGGUUGUGACGUGAGGACAGUGACCGAGGCUAGUUUUCUUGCUAUCAAGGAGGCGGUUGACGUACUUAUUUCAGCCAACCAUUUAUCUCAGGAAUAUGCUUAUGAAGUUCAUGCUCGUUUGGCUGUCGUGAAUUUUAGUCUCUCUCCUUGUUUAGAAGCCCAAAAAGAGUUUGAAACCGGCGAGAAGUUGAUAAGUGAGUAUGAAGACAUUCGCCAGUCCACCGAUCUCGGCCAACUCCACAAAUUGAAGGCUUCCUUGGAUAAGGGAAGGCAAAAAGUGCUUGAUCUGAAGAAGCAAUUGGCCGAAGCUGAGCAAGUCAAAGUCACUUCGGCCACUAUCCGAACCAUUGUUCCCCAACAAGAUCUCACCAGGUAUAGCUUGAUUUUGUCAUCCGUCAAGUCGUAUAACAAGAAGAGGGGCAUCUUGAAACGAAAGGUCGACCAAGGUAUGCAAGACUUAGAAAAUGUUAAAGAAGCUCUUCGGUCACUCUUGCCCACUGAUUAGUUACUUUAGGAUGUGAUAUUCAUCUCGGCUUAUAUUUUGUACAUGGCCUUAGGCCCGUAACUCAGCCGGUUGACAUGUUUUUGUAGAGUCUAACCGACCUUCUUUGCAUGACUCAAACGCUAAUUUUGCGUAUGUGAUUGUUGAUCACUCGGCCGCUAUUUUGUCAAUUGACUCGGCCUCUUUUGACUUCAAA